GUCUGUCUUUGCUACGAAGAGGCUUUAUUAGUAGCCACCUUUAGCAUCUUUUUUAUACCUAUUUGACUCGGGGAACUUUUUGAUAUGUCUUUCGGAGAAUAUAUAUUUUUAGUAAGACACAGAUUUGUAGGUUCAAAGAAUCUACAGUUUUUUAAUGUUUGGAGUCAGCAGAGAAACUUGACAGCACCACCCUUUUGAACUUUCCUCUUCUGUCCAUACUUUUCUUCUCACGUUUAUGUUCAUUUCAAGGCCAAACGCCAGAAGGAAGUUGAUUUUGCUUGAAGAUUUGUGUUGUUUAUUUGUUCACUUGACAUUCCCACUUUGUUUUUUGCAGUAGGAAUGAUCAUUUUUUUGCCGGCAGGACUGGAGCCUUGCUGAAGAAGAAGAAGCCAGCACACACAUUUUGUCAAUGUGACCAUACAUAUGAUAUUAUUACUGUUGCACAAUAAAUACUGCUUGUUUUGUCUUAUAAGUCAGAUUUUCUGUCUACUUGAGAGCAAUUUUUUGGUAAUUCCCUACAAUACAAUGCGUAUUUAAUAAUCCAGCUGCUUGUCUUCUGGCAACCAUCGUUUCAGUGACUCCUGUAGCCACUGGGUGUCGCCAUUUCCCCCUUUAGCUUCUCUUAUGUCACCGUUAUGAGACCAUCACCGACACACACCGGAACCUGACGAUGGAGGCACAAUAGCCGCAGUAGACGUGGAGGACUCACCGGUAGGGUGUGCGUGAGGACGUGGAGGGAGGUGAAAGCCAUCCGUACGUGCACUCUCCUCAACUGGCCCGACGCGCAGGCGGCGAUGCCGCUUAUCGGGGGCUGCGACCUCGUCCAGCCGGAGACGAACCGGGACCGGUAGACCGUCGAGCCCACCCGCACAGUCUCAGGCGCCAGCGAUGACUCCUGUCCCGGUUUCCCACUGAGAGCCUGCCGUGUCCCAGCGCCGCCAUGCUGAUCAAGGAGUACCGCAUCCCCAUGCCCAUGAGCGUGGAGGAGUACCGCAUCGCCCAGCUCUACAUGAUACAGAAAAAGAGCCGUGAGGAGAGCUGUGGCGAGGGCAGCGGUGUGGAGAUCCUGGAGAACAAGCCCUACGAGGACGGGCCCGGAGGCUCGGGUCAGUACACGCACAAGGUGUACCACAUCGGCAAGCACAUCCCGUCCUGGUUCUGCUCCAUACUGCCUCAGGCCGCCCUGCGCGUGGAGGAGGAGUCGUGGAACGCGUACCCCUACACACGGACCAGGUACACGUGUCCAUUCGUGGAGAAGUUCUCCAUAGACAUUGAGACAUAUUACAUGCCGGACACCGGGAACCAGGUGGACAUCUUUAAUCUGUCCUCUGCAGAAAAGAGACAGAGGACAGUAGACCCCAUCGACAUCGUCAAGGACUACAUCCCACCCCACGAAUACCUGGCGGAGGAGGACCCCCGACUGUACCAGUCAGUCAAGACCAAACGAGGUCCGCUGUGCGAGGACUGGAUCGAGGAGAUCAGUCGGAGCCCCGGCCACAGUUCGGUCAUGUGUGCCUACAAGCUAUGCAAAGUGGAGUUCAGAUACUGGGGCAUGCAGUCCAAGAUAGAGCGCUUCAUCCACGACGUGGGCCUGCGUAAAGUGAUGGUUCGAGCCCACCGGCAGGCGUGGUGCUGGCAGGACGAGUGGUACGGCCUCACCAUCGAGGACAUCCGGCAGCUGGACCUGGAGACGCAGCUGGCACUGGCCAAGAAGAUGGCCCAGUACAGCCUCAACGACGAAGCCGGCUCUGAUGGCAACGGAUGCUUGGCCGGCCGGGACCAGGAGCGGCGAGGCGAUGUGGGCGUAUCCGCCGCUGAGGCCGAGGGAGGCGGGGCUCAGCCGGGAGGCCCGCCGGACGGUCGAGGAGAGCUCACCAAGCAGUGGUCCACAUCUUCCCGCUCCUCCAACAGAUCAUCUAAGAGAGGAGGAAGUCCGUCUCAUCAGAGCAUCUCCGAGUGGAGGAUGCAGAGCAUAGCCCGCAACUCUGACGACAGCACGGACGACGAGUUCUUCGACGCGCAUGACGGCUUCUCAGACAGCGAGGAGUUGUUGCCCAAGGAGCUCACUAAGUGGAGCUCCAACGACCUCAUGGACAAAAUGGAGACGAUAGAAGUGGACGAAGCGCAAGAGACGAUGUAUCCUGAGUCAGCUGGGGACUUUGCCGCCAUGACCAACGAGGAGACGCACAUGGAGGCCUCCCAGCAGUGUCUGCAGCCCUCCAAAAUUCACGUCCUGUUUCUGGUCCUACAUGGAGGGAACAUUCUGGACACCGGCUCAGGUGAACAGAACAGCAAGCAAGGUGACGUCAACACCCUCAGUGGUGCCUUCGAGGCCGUAAUGAGGGUCCACUACCCGGCAGUGCUUGGCCGCAUUGCCAUCAGGACCGUGUCCUGUCCAGCCGUGUGUGUGGAGGCCUUCUCGCUGGUGUCUAACCUCAGUCCUUACAGCUACGACGAGAGCUGCCUGUCCAGCAGUCAGGACCACAUCCCGCUGGCCGCCCUGCCACUCCUCGCCACCUCGGCGCCGCAGUACCAGGACGCCGUGGCUGCCGUCAUCCUGAGAGCCAAUCAGGUGUAUGCAGACUUCAUCAAGUCACUGGAAGGCGCCUCCUUUAAUGGGCAGGUGUGCGUGAUUGGGGACUGUGUAGGAGGCAUCCUGGGCUUUGACGCUCUGUGCAGCAGUUCCAUCCUGGUGUCGGAAAGUCCAAGCAGCAGCAGGCGGGGCAGCGCCGUCAGCGUGCAGGACACGGAGCUGCUUUCUCCAGGCAUCAUCAUCAACAGCAUCUCGCCGUCAUCGCCGUCCCUGGAAGGAAGCCGCCACCUGAGCCGCAGCAACAUCGACAUCCCGCGUUGCUCGGGGCCAGACGACCCCAAGAAGCAGCUGCCACGCAAGCGCAGCGACUCAUCCACGUACGAGCUGGACACCAUCAAGCACCACCAGGCCUUCUUGUCCAGUCUGCACUCCAGCGUGAUCCACGGGGAGUCGGGGUCGCGGCGCUCCAGCAACAGCACCAUGCUGGAGGGCGCCUCCUUGGGGAAGUUUGACUUUGAGGUGACGGACUUCGUCCUGUUUGGAUCUCCUCUGGGUCUGGUGCUGGCGCUGAGGAAGACUGUGGUGCCCUCCUUAGACGUGACGGCGCUGCGUCCGGCCUGCCAGCAGGUCUACAACCUGUUUCAUUCGGCCGACCCCUCUGCCUCUCGCCUGGAACCUCUCCUGGACAAACGCUUCCACCUGCUGCCUCCUUUCAGCGUCCCACGAUAUCAGCGCUUUCCUCUGGGGGACGGACACUCGGCUCUCCUAGUGGAGACGGUGCAGAGUAACCCUCAGCUCCUGAUGGAGCAGCCGAGCGGCGCGGCUCCCCAUCGCAGCCAGGACAGCAGUGUGAACGAGACUUCCAUCCCCGUGCCCGUCCUCAACUGGCCAUCCUCGCAGCCCCAUGUGGAGCCGGACGCCCCCACUCAUAUUUCCGUGGACUUCUCCUGCCCGCCCUCCACGUCGCCGGGGGUCCCUCACAUCCGGUGCCACCGCAGGGCGAGUGAGGCCAGCCUGGCCAGCCAAGUGUCAGGCCUGGCCGAUUCUUACGCUGCCUCCAACGUCGCCAACAUCGCGUCCCGCUGGUGGGGCAGCAAGAGGAUGGACUACGCCCUGUACUGCCCCGACGCCCUGACCGCCUUCCCCACCGUGGCGCUGCCGCACCUCUUCCACGCCUCCUACUGGGAGUCCACAGACGUGGUGUCCUUCCUGCUCAGACAGGUGAUGAGGCAUGAAAACUCUGGGAUUCUGGAACGGAACGGGAAAGAAGUGUCUGAGUUCACACCGUCCAAACCCAGAGAGAAGUGGCUCCGUAAGCGCACUCAUGUAAAAAUCAGGAACGUGACAGCCAACCACCGUGUAAACGAUGGCGUGUUCACUGAGGACGGCGCCCAGACGGUAACGGGCCGUUUCAUGUACGGCCCGCUGGACAUGGUCACGCUGACGGGAGAGAAGAUCGACAUCCACAUCAUGACCCAGCCCCCCUCCGGGGAGUGGGUCUACUUCGACACGCAGCUCACCAACAGCAGCGGACGUGUCUCCUACGCCAUCCCUGACGACAAAAAGCUGGGGAUCGGGGUGUAUCCUGUCAAAAUGGUGGUCAGGGGAGACCACACGUUUGCAGACAGCUAUCUUACCAUCGUGCCACGGGGAACCGAAUUUGUGGUCUUUAGCAUCGACGGGUCUUUUGCAGCCAGCGUCUCCAUUAUGGGCAGCGAUCCGAAGGUUCGAGCGGGAGCCGUUGAUGUGGUCAGGUACUGGCAGGACUUGGGCUAUUUGAUCGUGUACGUGACGGGUCGCCCCGACAUGCAGAAGCAGCGCGUGGUGGCUUGGCUCUCUCAGCACAACUUCCCCCACGGUGUGGUCUCCUUCUGCGACGGGCUGGUCCAUGACCCGCUCAGACACAAGGCCAACUUCCUCAAAUCCCUCAUCAAUGAGGCUCAGAUGAGGAUCUUUGCUAGCUAUGGCUCCAGCAAGGACAUCUCUGUGUACACCAGCGUGGGCCUGCCCCCAUCCCACAUUUACAUAGUGGGAAGACCCACUAAGAAAAUGCAGCACCAGUGUCAGUUUAUUCCGGAUGGCUACGCCUCCCACCUGUCCCAGCUGGAGUACAACCAGCGCUCCCGUCCCGCCAAGUCCGCCAGCGCUCGCAUGGUCCUCCGCAAGAGCAGCUUCGGGCUGGGAGCGGCGACGGGAGACUUCCUUCGCAAGCGCAACCACAUCUUUCGCACCAUUUCUCCACAGCAGCCUGGCGUCCCUGCAUCCGGCUCUCCCGUUCAGCCGGUCCGGACCGAGCGAACGCUGAGCCAGUGCGAGGUGGGCCGCGGGAUGGCGGCGGCGGCGACGCAGAGGAGCAUGAGCAUCGCGGUGGGGUACUGGGGCCGCAGCGGAAGCACCAAGGAGGGCAGCGGAGGAUUACUUGGACCCAAGUGAGCUUGUCUGACCCGCCAUGAUCUCUGGACCCGGAAGCAGGCCCCGAGGAACAUUUUGGAACAGGCUUGUAUUUUAGGUUUGGAAGGAGUGGACUUGUCACGCCAUCAAGAGACAAUUGUGUAGCAUGACUCUUUUACACUAACGCUUUUUUAAUCAGAUACGUCGCUCUUAAAACAUCAACAAAGGUUCAGACUAAUUCAUAUAAGCCUUAAGCUAAUGCCACAUACACCCCUAUCUCAUGACAUAUCUAUAUAUUUGUAUAGUCAUGGGAAAAAUGAUUAGAGCAUUUCUUGUGCAUUUUAAUGCCUGAUACAACUAAAGGUACCUUUGUUUGGACAAAUAUCACAAUGACAACAAAAAUAGCUCAUAAGAGUUACAUUUUUUUGCAGUACAAUGCUAUAGAACCCUUUCAUGUAAGAACUCAAAUGAUUUUGGUUAUUAUCAAGAAAAGCAUGAAAGUUGAUAGAUAUCCGCUCUUAAAUGAAAGUCUUUUCAGCUAUAUUUGUUAUUAUAUUUGUCCAAACAAUUAUAGUUGUACCAGGCAUUCAAAUGGAUGAAUAAACUGAAGAAACCAAGGGUGCUCUAAUCAUUUUUUCCAUGACUGUAUAUACAUACAUACAUUUAUAUAGACAGCCAUUUUGUAUAAAAGCUGUCCAAGCAGUCAAAUUAACAGCUCAGGACAAACUGCAGCCAGGUUCAUUUCGUCAACAUUCACACAGGAAGUUGGUCAUCAUGUUUAGUGCAGCCCUUUAAUGAGUCCGGAAAUCGGUCGCCGUGUAUCCUCACACGUAUUAAUGUGUCCGAGUGAAAGAAGCUUUAGUUAGCAUCACAUGGAAAUGUUUUACGCAUAAAUACUUACACUGCGCCGCAGUCAUUUUAAUGAAAACCUGAUACAUGUUACGUGAUAUGACAUGUUGAUACACCACGGGUGUGUUGCGAGGGUAUUCGUAUCUCAAUUGCUGAGGCUGUAAAUGUCAGAGGGAGCCUACCUGACAUGAGUAAGCCCGCCAUUAGCUUGGCGAAGUGCUCCGGGCAAAAUGCUCCCCGAGUCGCCCUUUAAAGUUAAAAUAUUUUUGACGACCGAUUGUGGACAAUGACACCGAAAUUAGUGACGUACAGUCACGGCAAGAUUGUGGACGGUGGAACUGCCAGUGGCGACGGUGGACUAGACGCCACCACUACUACUCUUAAACAGGUAAACAUUUAAUACAUUUAUCAUGGCUCAGUGAAGUCUUAAGUUUUACCGGAACUAGCUUUCACACAAAAACAUUUAUUCGGUAAUUAGAAGUAGCCGAGUUAUAGUUUUUCACGUUGGCGCUGUCAUUCUUCAGUAUUCUUGCCUCCUAUUGGUGGUACGAUUAUUGGCAUCCCUCACGUGGGGUUUUCUCUAACAAGUCAUUAAUUGUUUAUCCUACCGUCAAGUUAUUUUUACUUUACGUUUUGUCACUCCCAGUGUGAAGGUGUUGAAAAACAUACAUAUAUAAACAUUUCUGCGCCAUCCCAUUAAAACUGUCCAGACUGUAACGAUUCACUUACGCUUUUGGAGUGUAAUGUCUUAAAGUGCAAUCAUAAAGCACUUGUUGCAUCUAUCGCAUAAAAAUGUUACCAUCAAUGUAUGUAUUCAUGCACAUGUAUUUAUCCAUUUUCUUCCACUCCACCUGCUAUUUCCUCUUCCUCUUAAACCUCCAUCCAUUUCGCCCCACAAUCCACAGCAGCCAUCCCUUUAGCUUGCAAUACCUCUGAUCUACCUGGUGGUGGCGUUGUGCCACCUCCCUCCCAUAUGUACUGAUUCUGCUGCUACUUAUAGAUUUGAAUGUUAAACCCCUCCCAACAUCUGCUUGCAAAACCAAUAGCAAAACCAUCUCAGUGAUUACGCUGUUUGCGUGGUUGCACGGAACAAGCUAGCACCUUGUAGUUUACACUCCUGGCCAACAAGGGGCAGUAGCUUGCGGCUAAAGAUGUGUUUGCGUUUGAGAAGUUGCUCGUCCCCCUGAGGAGAAAGGUGGUAUUACGGUGCUAGCUUGUUCAUACGUACGCAAACUUACAAAAUGUACCUUUUUUAACGCCUUAAAAAUGAAUGCAUUCCCUGCUCACUCCAUCGAACAAGCCAAAUGAUUCCUCUGUCAAACUGUAGUUAAAUCAACUGCCUAACCUCACUUUAAAAAAGGAAUAAUCGUUACAUGUCUCUCGUGUAGCUUUGUUUAAAAAACACCUCUUGUAGUGCAUGUCUUAUUUACAUUUAUUUAGGGGCAGCAGGAGAAAAAUAAUGAAUGUAAACGUGCCAAAUAGUGGAUAUUUAUUUGAUUGGAGUUGAUUGUGGACACGUUGCGUGUCAGAGUGUGUACAUAUGUGUAAAGAUGUAUAAUGUUAUUUGUUUACCUGUAACUAUACCACGAUACAUUUCAGGUGACUAUAUAGACUGUAUAUAUUUGAAAUAUGUAGCAAAUCCCUUCCGUCUGUCCGUUAGAGCAACACACUGGAGGUAGCAGAGGUACCAUCCUGACAUUUUUUUACGGAAUUUCACACAACUUUUCCAGUGUAAAUCCGGUGCACAAUGGAGGGAGAAGGCCUGCGAAUAAAGCAGGUUGGACAUAACCUUUAAUGAAAAUGUAUCCCAACAUGUGAUGGAUCAUAUGUGAGGCUGCUUUAUUGCUUUACCUAAAGGUCUUCUCAGACAACACACUCAGUAUUCCGACUGUUUUUACGUUCAAAUGGGAUUACAAGGUUACAAGCAAAUACAUGCUGAGAAAAUCAAUAAAAACACGUCCAACCACAGGAAGUAGCCUUUU